AUGAACGCGGCGAAACAGAGAGAAAAAUUAGGAUACGAAUCAAGGAACACCUUCGAAAGAUCAGAAUUAACGGAACAUAUCGCACAGAGUGGACACGAGAUUAAUCGGAAGGCGAUAGAAAGAAGGGCCUCAUACAGUACCAACAAAGGGAAGCGGAAGAUUAGGGAGGCAAUUGACAUCGUUGGGGAGACAAAUCUAAUGAACAGGAGAUUGGAGGAAGGUAGAGUUAGCGAUGACUUUGCCUACUGCUUAAGCAAACUCGGGGACAACAAGAAUACAGCAAGACCAGGAAAAAGGAAAUGCCUGGGUCAGGGAUCUAUUGCUAGCUGGAGGAAAAGGGAUCGCGAUAAGAAAAGGGAAGAUGGGGCGGGGAUUUUCGGCAACAAAAAAAGACGUUGUCAGUGCGUGAUGUCUGUUCGAAUAAACCGGUACAAGAUUGGAGGCCUAACAGUCAAGGAGCUGGGCAGACGGACAAGCAAACCGUAA